CUCAGUUUCAGUUCCGGAUCAAAGUUCAGUUCAGUUCGCCAUUCAGUCAGCACGAUGGCUGCGCCAUUCACACGACUCGCUCGCCGCGCAAUCGAGACCGCCUGGAGAGAUCAUGCAUGCCGAAGACUUGCCACUGGACCGCCGAAGAGCGACCGACCGGUGAUCCUGCGACCAGACGACGCGCGGCCAGCCGCCGCAGUCCCUCGCUCAGUGAGCUCACUGACGGAGCCACCGCGACAGCCGCCACCCUCGUCGCCGUCUAUCAACGACAUUGGCCACCAACUGAAGCGCAGGAUCCAGCUCGUGGGCAAGGUCUCGACCGCCGAGUUUAUGCGCACGGUGCUCACCGCGCCAUCUGGUGGCUAUUACAUGCGCACGGACGUGUUUGGAGCCGGUGGCGACUUUACAACGUCACCAGAAAUCAGCCCGUUGUUUGGCGAGAUGAUUGGAGCUUGGCUGCUCAACCACUGGCAAGUGAGCAAUUCUCCAAAGAAAGUAAACCUGAUUGAAUUUGGCCCGGGACGAGGCACUCUGAUGCACGAUGUGCUGCGGAUUUUUGCACGAUUCAAAGCGGUCGACGCUGUGCAUGUCCAUUUCGUCGAAAAGAGCCCGGCGCUACUUCGCGUGCAAGCCGAGAUGCUUGGCGUGCCACUCGGCGCUGACUUGGUGCAGACCGAGCCCGUGCAUGGAAAGUCGGAGCGCUUUGGCAUUCAAGUGACUUGGCACCAAUCCGUCGACACCGUGCCGGACGACGACUUUUCCCUGAUCUUGGCGCACGAAUUCUUUGACGCUCUCCCAGCACUUUCAUUCACGCGGACAGAGCGCGGAUGGCGAGAGGUGCUCGUGGAUUUAGACGAGAAGGGGCCGUACCCAUUCCGAUUGGUGACUGCGAACGCACAUACCGUCGCCUCGCGUUCCUUGUUGGUGGACCCGAACGAGGCAGGGUCUUCUUCAAACCUCGGUCGAGUCUCGCCGCCAGCCCAUGUCCGCUCGCUCACUUUGAGCCCUGACAGUUUCAUUCUCACUGAAAACCUGUCCAAGCGUAUCAUCAAUCGCGGCGGCGCCGCUCUCAUAAUCGACUACGGGUAUGCGACCCCUGCUCCGAAAGAAAUGACACUCCGUGCCUUCCGAGGACACAAAGAAGUGCACCUCUUCGACAAAAUCGGCAUGUCUGAUCUGACUGUCGAUGUCGACUUUGAGUAUCUCGCAGCUGCUGCUCAGGCACACGGAGCGUACUGCACGGCAGCCACGCCGCAGGGCGAGUUCCUGGAGGCCCUUGGGAUAGGACAACGACUCGCUCGGUUGCUCGGUGAUCCGCGGCAGGCAGAGCACCACCAGACGCUGAAAUCCGGCGUAGAGCGACUCACCAGCCCAACGGACAUGGGCCAGCGCUUCAAGGCCAUGGCCAUUGUGCCCCAGAAUCAGUAUCCUGAUAAUCUAGUUCCAGGCUUGAGACCGCGCGCAUCUCCACCAUCAACCGCAUCAGCCUGACACAACCGUCAAGCGGCUGAAAGCGAAUUCUCUCAUAAAAAUCUUGCAAUCACGGUACGAAAUCAUCAUGAGUCUCUAAAUAAAACUAUGCUGGGGAACGUUUAC